UGUAAUUAUUCAAAUUCUAAAUAUUUCAAAUUUAUAAACGACGCCGUUGUUUGUGUGCACUGCCGCCUCACUCUAUUACCGCUUUCCGAGUCUCCGGAGUUUGCAGCCAGUAUAGAAGGGCAGUCCCAUUGAUUUCGCGUCGCAAUUUCUAACUUCUUUCGCUCGGAGUCUCUUCCGGACAUUAACAACGAGAGUUGCGAGACAGUUCUGUGUGUCCGUACCAGGGCUUUGCUCCUUGAACUGACUACCAUUGGACCUCAAGAACGAAGGAAAUAAUACUAGCUGGAACUUGAUAAUCAAGCAAUAAAAGACACAAGAACGGACAUGGAGGAAGAUUACUACGAACAGGAGUACAACGAGGAGGGGUACGAGGACGAGGACGAGACGCAGGAGGAUGCAUGGGCGGUUAUCAGUGCUUACUUUGACGGGAAGGGUUUGGUGCGUCAGCAGCUUGACUCUUUCGACGAGUUCAUUCAGAACACGAUGCAAGAAAUCGUUGAUGAGUCCGCCGACAUCGAGAUUCGUCCCGAGUCACAGCAUAACCCCGGUCACCAACCUGACUUCGCUGAGACUAUAUAUAAGAUCAGUUUCGGUCAGAUGUAUCUGAGUAAGCCAAUGAUGACAGAAUCUGAUGGAGAAACUGCUACUUUGUUUCCUAAGGCUGCAAGACUAAGGAACUUGACAUAUUCAGCUCCAUUGUAUGUGGAUGUCACCAAGAGAGUUAUAAAGAAAGGUCAAGACAGUGAGGAAGUUACUGAGACUCAGGAUUUCACAAAAGUCUUUAUUGGAAAGGUUCCUACAAUGUUACGGUCGAGUUAUUUUACACUGUAUCAAAAUUCCGAGAAAGAUUUGACAGAGUUGGGAGAGUGUCCGUAUGACCAGGGUGGUUAUUUCAUUAUCAAUGGCAGUGAGAAGGUUUUAAUUGCACAGGAGAAGAUGAGCACCAAUCAUGUCUAUGUAUGUAAAAAGAGGCAACCAAACAAGUAUGCAUUUGUGGCUGAAGUUCGGUCCAUGGCGGAGACCCAAAACAAGCCACCUAGUACAAUGUUUGUCCGGAUGCUUUCUCGGACUAGUGCAAAAGGGGGGUUCAUCAGGGCAUACAUACGUGCCACAAUCCCAUACAUUCGCACUGAGAUUCCCAUCAUUAUUCUGUUUCGAGCAUUGGGAUUUGUUGCUGACAAAGAUAUAUUGGAGCAUAUCUGCUAGAACUUUGAAGAUACACAAAUGAUGGAGCUGCUGUGGCCCUCCUUGGAAGAAGCAUUUGUGAUCCAGAAUCAACAGGUUGCUCUGGACUACAUUGGAAAAAGAGGAGCUACUGUUGGUGUCACCCGAGAGAAAAGAAUCAAGUAUGCCAAAGAGAUACUCCAAAAAGAAAUGCUUCCUCAUGUUGGUGUUGGGGAAUAUUGUGAGACAAGAAAAGCCUAUUAUUUUGGGUAUAUUAUCCACCGGCUUCUGUUGUGUGCACUUGGCCGAAAGGCAUAGGACGAUAGAGACCACUAUGGCAAUAAAAGACUGGAUCUUGCUGGUCCUUUGCUUGGUGGUCUGUUUCGAAUGCUAUUCAGAAAGUUGACCGGGGAUGUGAGGUCUUAUGUUCAAAAGUCUGUAGAUAAUGGGAAGGAUGUAAAUUUGCAAUUUGCAAUAAAAGCCAAAACGAUUACCAGUGGUUUAAAAUACUCACUUGCUACUGGCAACUGGGGCCAAGCAAAUGUAGCGGGUACUAGAGCUGGAGUUUCCCAGGUGUUAAAUCGCUUAACUUACGCCUCUACCUUGUCACAUUUGCGAAGACUCAACUCACCCAUAGGCCGUGAAGGGAAACUCGCUAAGCCCAGGCAGUUGCACAAUUCACAGUGGGGAAUGAUGUGCCCUGCAGAAACACCUGAAGGACAAGCAUUUGGAUUGGUGAAGAACCUUGCAUUGAUGGUGUAUAUAACAGUCGGCUCAGCAGCAUAUCCAAUUUUAGAAUUUUUAGAGGAAUGGGGUACCGAGAACUUUGAGGAAAUCUCUCCUGCUGUGAUUCCACAAGCAACAAAGAUCUUCGUGAAUGGUUGUUGGGUUGGUAUUCACCGCAACCCCGAUAUGUUGGUGUCAACUCUGAGGCGUCUCAGGAGACGUGUUGAUGUCAAUACUGAGGUUGGUGUGGUUCGUGAUAUUCGUUUGAAGGAACUCCGUAUAUAUACUGAUUAUGGUCGCUGCAGUCGUCCAUUAUUUAUUGUGGAAAAGCAGAGACUUCUAAUAAAGAAGAAGGAUAUUCAAGCUUUGCAACAAAGAAUAUGUCGGGAAUCUCCUGAUGAUGGUGGCUGGCAUGACCUAGUCUCGAAAGGAUUUAUAGAGUACAUUGAUACAGAAGAAGAAGAAACAACUAUGAUUUCUAUGACAAUAAAUGAUCUUGUAAGUGCAAGGCUAAAUCCAAGUGAGGCUUAUUCAGAUACUUAUACACACUGUGAGGUUCACCCAUCAUUGAUACUGGGUGUUUGUGCUUCAAUCAUUCCCUUUCCAGAUCACAACCAGUCUCCACGUAACACGUACCAGUCAGCAAUGGGUAAACAAGCCAUGGGUAUCUAUGUCAACUACCAAUUUCGUAUGGACACCUUGGCUUAUGUGUUGUACUAUCCUCAAAAGCCUCUUGUCACUAUUCGGGCCAUGGAGCAUUUGCAUUUUAGGCAGCUACCUGCUGGCAUUAAUGCCAUUGUUGCAAUUGCAUGCUAUUCUGGAUAUAAUCAAGAAGAUUCAGUAAUUAUGAAUCAGUCAUCAAUUGACCGUGGUUUCUUCCGUUCUCUAUUUUUCCGUUCUUAUAGUGAUGAGGAGAAGAAAAUCCGGACACUGGUCAAAGAGGAUUUUGGACGCCCAGAUCGAGCCAACACCAUGGGCAUGGGUCAUGGUUCCUACGAUAAAUUGGACGAUGAUGGGCUUGCUCCUCCAGGAACUAGAGUUUCUGGUGAGGAUGUGAUAAUUGGGAAAACAACUCCCAUAUCUCCUGAUGAUGCCCAAGGGCCAGCUGCUCGUUACACGAAAUGUGAUCAUAGCACAAGUUUACGUCACAGUGAAACUGGGAUUGUGGAUCAGGUCCUUCUGAUCACAAAUGCUGAUGGGUUAAGAUUUGUCAAAGUCAGGAUGAGAUCAGUUCGCAUACCUCAAAUUGGAGACAAAUUCAGUAGUAGGCAUGGUCAGAAGGGAACAGUGGGUAUGACUUACACACAAGAAGACAUGCCAUGGACUCAGGAAGGCAUUACUCCCGACAUCAUUGUAAAUCCCCAUGCUAUUCCUUCUCGUAUGGCUAUUGGCCAGCUUAUUGAGUGUGUCAUGGGCAAAGUUGCAGCACAUACGGAGAAGGAAGGAGAUGCUACCCCCUUUACUGACGUGACCGUGGACAAUAUCAGCAAAGCUCUUCAUAAAUGUGGCUAUCAGAUGCGUGGUUUUGAGACGAUGUACAAUGGUCAUACUGGUAGGAGGCUUACAGCCAUGAUAUUCCUUGGCCCCACUUACUACCAGAGGCUGAACCACAUGGUCGACGACAAAAUUCACUCUCGUGGUAGAGGCCCUGUUCAGAUUCUCACUAGACAACCUGCAGAAGGCCGGUCUCGUGAUGGUGGUCUCCGAUUUGGUGAAAUGGAACGAGAUUGUAUGAUUGCACAUGGUGCCACUCACUUCCUAAAAGAAAGGCUGUUUGACCAAAGUGAUGCUUACAGGAUCCAUGUUUGUGAGCAAUGUGGAUUGAUCGCAAUUGCUAACCUAAAGAAGAAUUCAUUUGAAUGCAGAGGAUGCAAAAACAAAACUGACAUCAUUCAGGUCCACAUUCCAUAUGCUUUUAAGCUGCUAUUCCAAGAGCUAAUGGCUAUGGCUAUAGCUCCAAGAAUGCUAACAAAGGAUAUUAAAAAAUCCAAAGAGCACAAGAAGAAAGGAGCUUGAAGUUCUUGGCUUGGAGAAGCUCCAGGCAACCAAUGGGGCUUGGGCUAAAUGCGAGUGUCACUGAGAGUUUAUGACUGGAGAAGUGCAUCACGAGACAAUGGAAACUUGAAUUACACCAAUGCUGCUCAGUGCUUAUGACUGGAGAAUGAACAAGUUGACUUUCGUCGGGUGAGGAGGGACCACUACGAGCUGGAGAAUGCUCAAAAAGCUAGUUUUGGGGUGUUGAUAACUAGAUGUAUUUAUUGAUUAGCGCCCCUUCAGUUAUAUAAAUGUUGUUGUUUGCUCAAUUUUCCUACUAAAUUAUAUUAUUAGUAGUGUGAUUGAACCUUACUUCAAGGCUAGUAGACAAAAGUGUCAUAUUCAAUAUAGAUGGAUAGAUUGGUGAAUCCUUUGAUCGCUUGUGUCGUUCUAGCAUAUAGGAAGUACUUGUAACGAUAGUAUGAAUGCUGAGAAGAUAAUUCACUCAGUUUAUGGGAUGCUUCCGGAAAUUUACGAACCAUUUCUACUCCUUCAAUGCGUUGAUGCCGAGCACAAGAUGACUGACAAUUGGACAGACGUAUCCAUUGUAAUGGAGAUGGCGGCUUGCUCGGGACUCUGGUCGUUCUUCGCUCGCGUUGCCAGAAUUCAGAGGCACUGGAAUUUUGGGUGUGAAAGAAAAACCCUAGUCUCUGAACCUCAAAACAAAGCUAAUCUGUAUUUAAUAUGGUUUGUGUUUGGUUUCGCAUGAUUAUUUGUCCUACGCGAGAAAAAAUUAACACGCGGAGACAGUUGUGAGAUCCGUAACGUUCAGUUAGUGUUAUGUUUCCUGUGUACCCACCCACACCCACCAGCCUUAAAACACAAGGUUCCCAAGAGGAGACACACAAACA